ACAAGAGCAGAUCAGCUGCAGACGAGCGACAGUGAUGGCCUUCAACAAGCUGAUCUGUGUGGCGGCUCUGCUGACGCUGCUGAUCAACGAGUGUGACUCACAGCUCUCCGUUUGUGGUCAACCUUCACCUUCACUCAACACCAGGAUUGUUGGAGGAGAGGCAGCUCCUGCAGGCAGCUGGCCCUGGCAGGUCAGUCUGCACGUGUCCAGCCACUUCUGUGGAGGAUCUCUGAUCAACAACCAGUGGGUGCUGACUGCAGCUCACUGUGUUGUAUGGCUUAAUGGUGUGACAGUGAAGGUGUAUCUGGGUCGUCAGAGUCAGGAGGGAUCCAACCCAAACGAAGUCUCUCGGACGGCAGCACAGAUAAUAUAUCACCCUAACUAUGAUUCUGUAACUUCCAACAACGACAUUGCUCUCCUGAAGCUCUCUCUACCAGUCACCUUCACCAGUUAUAUAUCACCAGUCUGCCUGGCCUCCUCAGGCAGCAUCUUCUCCAGCGGGGUUAACUCCUGGAUCACUGGCUGGGGAAACAUUGGGAGUGGAGUCUCUCUUCCGUCUCCUCAAAACCUGAUGGAGGUGGAGGUGCCAGUUGUGGGGAACUCGCAGUGCAAGUCUAGCUAUGGGGACAGCGCCAUUACUGACAACAUGAUAUGUGCCGGGUUGCUAGCGGGAGGGAAGGACUCCUGUCAGGGGGAUUCAGGAGGUCCGAUGGUGAGCAAGCAGGGGAACCGCUGGAUUCAAUCAGGAGUUGUAAGUUUUGGAGAAGGAUGUGCUAAGCCAAAUUUCCCAGGAGUCUACACAAGAGUAUCCCAGUAUGAGAGCUGGAUCAACAGCAUUAUCAACACCAACCAGCCGGGCUUCAUCAUCUUCACAUCCAGCAACUUAAACGUUUCCAGUACAACCUCGAACCCUACAACGCAUCCACCAACCACAACAACAACUCUGACAACUCCCACCUUCACCCCAUUAAUAAACAUAUCUGAAGUUUGUGGUCAACCUUCACUCAACACCAGGAUUGUUGGAGGAGAGGCAGCUCCUGCAGGCAGCUGGCCCUGGCAGGUCAGUCUGCACGUGUCCAGCCACUUCUGUGGAGGAUCUCUGGUCAACGACCAGUGGGUGCUGACUGCAGCUCACUGUGUUGAAGGGCUUGCUGGGAUCCAAUCUCUUGUGACGGUAUAUCUGGGCCGUCAGAGUCAGGAGGGAUCCAACCCAAACGAAGUUGUUCGGAAAGUAGUACAGAUCACUUCUCACCCUAACUACAGUUUUCCCAACAAUGACAUUGCCCUGCUGAAGAUGUCUGAGCCAGUGAAUUUCACCAGUUACAUCUCCCCAGUCUGCCUGGCGGCCUCAAGCAGCUCCUUCUACAGCGGGGAUCCAUCCUGGGUUACUGGCUGGGGCAACAUCGGAAUUUAUGAUUCACUUCCUUCACCAGGAAACCUUUUGGAAGUUGAGGCAGAUAUUGUGGGAAAUGGCCAAUGCAGUUGUGAUUACAGUGAAAUAUUAGGUGACCAGAUUACUAACAACAUGAUAUGUGCGGGGUUUCGCGAAGGAGGGAAGGGACCAUGUUUUGGCGAUUCUGGAGGUCCACUAGUGACCAAGCAGGGUGAUCGAUGGAUUCAGGCUGGAAUUGUGAGUUUUGGUAUUGGUUGUGCCAAGCCAUAUUUCCCAGCAGUCUAUGCGAGAGUGUCCCAGUACAAUGACUGGAUCAACAGUCACAUCACCAGAAACCAGCCAGGCUUCAUUGACUUUAAAUCCAAAGGGACUGAAAGUGACCGCAAUGUUUCCUGUACACCCUCCUUCACCCAGACAACAAUAAACAUAUCUGAAGUUUGUGGUCAACCUUCACUCAACACCAGGAUUGUUGGAGGAGAGGCAGCUCCUGCAGGCAGCUGGCCCUGGCAGGUCAGUCUGCACGUGUUCAGCCACUUCUGUGGAGGAUCUCUGGUCAACGACCAGUGGGUGCUGACUGCAGCUCACUGUGUUGAAGGGCUUGCUGGGAUCCCAUCUCUUGUGACGGUAUAUCUGGGCCGUCAGAGUCAGGAGGGAUCCAACCCAAACGAAGUUGUUCGGAAAGUAGUACAGAUCACUUCUCACCCUAACUACAGUUUUCCCAACAAUGACAUUGCCCUGCUGAAGAUGUCUGAGCCAGUGAAUUUCACCAGUUACAUCUCCCCAGUCUGCCUGGCGGCCUCAAGCAGCUCCUUCUACAGCGGGGAUCCAUCCUGGGUUACUGGCUGGGGCAACAUCGGAUUUAAUGAUCCACUUCCUUCACCAGGAAACCUUUUGGAAGUUGAGGCAGAUAUUGUGGGAAAUGGCCAAUGCAGUUGUGAUUACAGUGAAAUAUUAUUAGGUGACCUGAUUAAUGACAACAUGAUAUGUGCGGGGUUUCGCGAAGGAGGGAAGGGACCAUGUUUUGGCGAUUCUGGAGGUCCACUAGUGACCAAGCAGGGUGAUCGAUGGAUUCAGGCUGGAAUUGUGAGUUUUACUGUUGAUUGUGCCAAGUCAUAUUUCCCAUCAGGCUAUGCAAGAGUGUCCCAGUAUGAGAACUGGAUCAACAGCGUUAUCAACACGAACCAGCCGGGCUUCAUCACCUUCACAUCCAACAGGACGAACAGUGACUUAAACGUUUCCUGUACAACCUCCAACCUUACAACGCAUCCACCAACCACAACAACUGAAGCUCAGCGUGUGGUCUGUGGACAGGCCCCACUGGCUUCUAGGAUUUCGGGUGGAGUGUCUGUGGCGUCGGCCGGUGAGUGGCCGUGGAUGGCCAGCUUACAGAAGAACGGCCAGCACGUGUGUGGAGGGACGCUGGUGUCUGAGAGAGACGUGCUGACCAACGCCAACUGCUUCUCAGGCUCCCCGAACGCCUCUGAGUGGACGGUCGUGUUGGGUCGGCUAAAUCAGAACGGCGUGAACCAGUUUGAGGUGUCGUUGGAUGUGGUAAAUAUCAGCGUGAGCAACCUGACAGGAACCAACAUCGCAGUGCUGACGCUGUCGUCCCCCCCCACCCUGAACAAAUACGUUUGGCCGAUCUGCCUGGACAACGGAAGAACAUUCCCAGAGGGAGCCGUAUGCUGGGCCGCCGGCUGGAGCUCUGGAGCAGGAGGAGCAAACGAACCUCUGCAGCAGUUCCAGACAACAGUGCUAAACUGUGGGAAUGCAUCAGCAGCAGACACCAUGUGCACAGGAGACUUUACUCUGGGACAGGGCGACUCUGGUGGUCCGCUCAUGUGUAAGCAGGACGGCUCCUGGUUCCAGGCAGUGGUGCUUUCAUUUGAGAAUACCUCCAACAGAAGGAAACGAGCCAGCAUGAAGACCUUUGAAAAGCUGAGCCAUUUUCAGUCCUUCCUGACCAAGAUACUGGGACCGCUCUUGUCUCCAGCAACCGUCGUCACCGCCGUCACCACGGUCACCGCCGUCACCGCCGUCACCACCAACAUCACAAAUGCCACAACCCCCAUCCCCACGACAACUAGUGGAGUGACAAUGCCUCACUUCUCCUCCAUCCUCUUAGGCCAUCAUCUUCUCCUCUUAGCUUUAUGCCUCCAAAUCUUCAGAUAAGCAGCAUUUACACUCCCUGAUUUACAAGAUAUGAAACAGAGAAAGCAGGUGUUUUAAUUUUAGCCCAAAAUUCUCCUUGAUAACAUUCAGCUUGUUUCUGGCUUUGGUUAUUCAAUGCAGAUCUAAAGGAUCAGAACCGUUUGGCAGCGACUUUCAAGCUGAAAACAUUUUUCUUUUCAUCCACAGAAGAAACUAAAAACAUAAAGCAAAAAUAGUUUAAAGGCUAAACCUUACAUGGUUGUAAAAUCAACCUUGAAAAAUCGAAAUAAAUGCAUCAGAUCUAUAAAUAUUAACCAACAGAAAUUUAGUCAAAAAAAGCUAAGUUUAAUCUUAUCCAGUUUCUUGAAGUGUGAUUUAUCUUUACCUGAUUACUGUUACAGAUUGUAAAUCUGACUUGUUUCUGUUUCUUUAUUAAAACAAAUCAGUUCAUUCAUUUUCUAAUAUCAUGCUCACUGCUAUGAUGCUGAUUAAAAUAUGUUGAUUUUGAGGUUUAAUUUUAAAUAUAUGGAUAAAUUAUAAUUUUGCUGUCUUAAAAAAAAUUGCUAAUUGCUUGCGGAUAGAAAAUCUAUGCACAAAACAAGCGUUGCUUCGUAUUUGUGAUGUGACACUGUGUACUAUCCAAUCCUUGAUUAAACUGGAAUAAAAUAAAUAUAUAAAAGCAAUAAAUUAAACUUAUUUUUU